UACAAGCUAGAGUACUACAUGUUUAUAAGAAAACCCACCCCAAUAGCUAAACUUAAUAUAUAGCUCAUUAUUAACCUCUAGAAUACUAGGACAAGAUCCUAACAUAUAGCGGCCGGUUUGGUUGGUUUCUAACUUGGAUGAUAAUUAAUUGUAAAUUGUAAUUAAGAUUAAGAGAGAAUAAUAUUAUGGGUUCAGCUACUAGAUCAGCUUGGGUUGUGGCAGCAAGUAUUGGAGCAGUAGUUGAGGCAUUGAAAGACCAAUUGGGAGUUUGUAGAUGGAACUUUGUUAUAAGAUCAUUCCAUAGCCAGGCGAAGACCAAUAUAAGAUCAUUCUCUCAGGCCAACAAACUCUCUCCUCACUCUUCUCUUGCUCUCUCCCAAUUCUUAAGUACUAAAUCAGAUGACACUUUGAAACAGUCUGAAGAUUCCAUGCGAAAAGUCAUGUACUUCAACUGUUGGGGCUAGCUACUUAUUAAUUUCUACUUAAAACCAUAAUUAUUAAAUAGUAUGUUCAUGUAACCAUGUUGAGCCCCAAAAGCCUCUUCUUACAUGAUGUUGAAUUGUUGACAUAUCAAUCCCAUAUGUUUCUUAUAUGUUUAUGACGUGUUUGCCUAUAUAAAUAUAAAUAUAUUAUUUUAAAAGAAAAUAUAAAUAUAUCUUUAUCUAUAUUAAAAAAGAUUAUAUAACAGAAUUUUAUUUAGCAUUCUCAUGUUUUUCUAUUCUAUCAAAUUUUAAUAGAAUACAUUUUUGUUUAUUUGACAGAA